AUUGUCUCUUAAAAUCUUAAAAAUCAUUUAGCUCAUAACUUUGUGUAUGGAUCUUAUUGAGCUACUUGUUGCCAAGGUGAAAGCCAUAAGGAAGGCAUGCUGGCGUUAAGCUCUUAAAGUGAGGCACGAUAAUUUGAGUUGGUGAUCUUCAAAUAGGCAGUAGAUGAAGCAAAGUGGGUUUUAGGUUGAAGGACGAGUAUUGAAGCUAAGAAGAUCAGGAAAAGAGAUGGAGAGCACUCGGGCUUCGGCAAGGAGCGCGGCAACCAGGAAAGACAGUGGCUAUAGACAGCGGCAAGGAUACAGGAACAGGGAAGGGUAUGGUUUUGUGCGACUAUCAGAGGUCAAGAAUGAGAUUCAAAUGGAGAGGAGACUAAAUGAGAUAUGGAUUGGCUCGUAUAAGAUGAGAGUGAAGAUUGCAAAUGAGAGACAAAGGAAAUCAUCAUUGUCUAGGAAGGUGCAAGGUGUGCUUAAAGUCAGUGGAUCAACAAGCAUCAUGAAUAGGUUGGUUCAACCAGGGCAGUCAUAUGCUCAAGCAGUGAAGGGCCAAGGAAAGAGAGAGGAUAAGGCUCCAGAACAAUCACAGGAAAAGGAAAGAAAAGAAGCCCCGAAAAUGGAAGUUGUCAAAACAAGGAUACAAGAGAAUAAGGAAGCAGAAAAAAUAGAGAAGACUAUUGAAUACAUCCCAUCGGGUGAUGAGUUGAAAUGGCUUGAGGGUGGCAUGGUGGCAGUGGUGAGGUCAAUGGCGUUGGUUUCUGAGAUUCAAGAGCAAUUGGAUGCAGAUGGAGGCUCAAUCUCGUUAUCACCAAUUGGGGGAAGACGGAUGCUAUUAACUGAGAAAGUUAUAGGGUCCUUAUCUGAUUAUAUGAAGCAUAAUGAGGAGUUGUUUGACAUGUGGUUUGAGUCGAUAACUCCAUGGGAGAAGGCUCCAGAGGAGAAAAGUCGAAUGAUGUGGGUGCGCAUAUCGGGUGUGCCAUUAAAAGCAUGGGGAGAGAGGUGUUUUCAGAUGAUCGGUGAGACAAUCGGAGAAGUUCUGUUGGUGCACGAGGACACAAAGAAGAAAGCAAUAUUAUGGGAUGGAAGAGUUCUGAUCUUCUGUUCGGAGUCUAGUAAAAUCUCUAAUCUAGUCAAGCUGAAAGUGGGUGAGCAGGUGUAUGAGAUAGAGAUUGUUGAAGAGGAGUGGCGCUCUGAUCCGGACUGGUGGUUAUCGGAGAUUGACCGAAGAAGCGACCUGGAAACGAAGUCUGAUUUCUCAAACUCGUGGUGUCAAAACGAGGAUCCGGAUUUGGAUAUGGAUGUGAUUGGCAAUGGUGAGGAUGUAAGAAACGGUUCAGAGCAUUUAAUGAAGGAUUUGGUGUCAAAUUCAAAUCUGAAAAUUGCAACGGAAAUAGAGAGUGGUAUUCAAAUAGUGCAAGAAACAGAAUUGGAAGGAGAUGCAAGCUUUGGGCUGUCCAAGGAGAUUGGGCCACAAAGAGUGAGUUUUGUUGGACCAAUAGAAGGUAGUGGGCCGACCAUCAAGUUGGGCUGGGGACAGACAAAGGAAAUCAACUUGGAGGAACCCUUUUUAGAUGCACAAAUAGAGGUGGACCCAUCGGUAAUGCAGAAAUCGACAAACACAACAAAGGGGAGCAAAAAACAGAGACUUCUUCAAGAUUGUUACCUAGAGAGCAUGGAGGAGAUCUGGGCAAAAGGAGCACCGUGGGUAACACCCAGAACAAAGCAGCAACUGGCACGAAGAAAGGGAUCUAGCCAAGCCGGGGAUGACAAGGUACACAACGCAUCUGUUGUUUCUAUAUCAGAUGGAUGUAUUGAAAAUAGAAAUAAGGUGUUGCAGAGGGAGAUGAAUAUGCAUGAGGUGCGUCGGUUGAUGGGGGUGGGGAAGAGAUUGGGUCUUAAGUUCGAUAGUAACAAGGAGCAGAUUCAAUCAAAGUUAAUAGAGGCAGUAAAUCGAGAAGGGGCAGAGAGGAGAGACGCGAAAGGGAGGGGCUUGGGUGGGUCAUUGAAAAAAAACGAAGUGAGAAGGUUGGUUCAAGAAGAGAAGCCGGAUUUUCUGUUCCUGCAGGAAACAAAGUUAGAAAAAGUGGAUGUAGGUAUCUGUAGACAGUUAUGGAAUUCAGAUGAGGUUGAUUGGGUUGCAAAGGGCUCUUCCGGAGCUUCAGGUGGUUUACUAUGUACGUGGGAUAGUCGGCGGUUUGUUAAGAGGGAAGAUUUUUCUGGUGAUGGGCUCGUGGGACUGGUAGAGGAAUGGGGAGCUAAUAAAAGGCAAUAUUCUUUAAUUAACGUCUAUGGUCCAAAUGAUAGACAGAAGAAGGCUAGUUUGUGGGAGGAACUGAGGAAAAUGGUGACAGACAAGGAAGGGUGUUGGUUGAUAGUAGGGGACUUUAAUGCAGUCAGAGGGCCUGAGGAGAGACGAGGUAGAACAGGAGAGAGCCCAGACAUGAAGGAUUUUGAUGAGUUUAUUGUGACAACUGAUUUGGUGGAUGUUAAAUUGUCGAAUAAAAGUUAUACAUGGUACAAGCCAGAUGGCACAACAAGGAGUAGAUUGGACAGAUUCCUAUUGAGUACGGAGAUGAGUAAUAUGGAAGGAGAGUGGAUACAACAAGGAUUGCCAAGGAAUAUCUCUGAUCAUUGUGCUAUUGUGUUGAAGUCCAGAACAACAGAUUGGGGACCAAGACCCUUUCGGGUUUUGGAUGCAUGGCAACAACACCCUGAUUUUAAGAAGUUUGUAGAAGAUAAAUGGAGGGAGAUGGAGGUGGAGGGUUAUGCAGGGUAUAAGUGCCAGCAAAAACUGAAAUUGCUAAAAGGUUUUUUAAAGGGCUGGAACAAGGAAGUCUUUAGGAACAUGGAAGCUCAAUAUGAGCAAGCUGUAAAAAAGAUUGAGCAAGUUGAUAUGCAGAACGAGAUAUCUGAUCUGGAAGAUGCUGAGAUUGUGAAAAGACAAGAAGGUUUUUCUGAGAUGUGGGAUGUUUUGAGAAAGAAGGAACUUAUCUGGAAGCAGAAGUCAAGGACAAAGGUGCUGGGUAAUAGAUUGAAGUCUGUGAUAUCAGAAAUAGUAAGUGAAACGCAAUCUGCUUUUGUGGGGGGCCGUCAGUUGGUGGAUAGUGUCUUGGUGCUGAAUGAAGUUGUGGAUGAAUUUAAGAAGACGAAACAGCCAGCUUUCGUUUUUAAAGCAGACUUCGAAAAAGCAUAUGACUGCGUAGAUUGGUCCUUUUUGGAUUGGAUGAUGGAGAGAUUUGGAUUUGGAAUAAAGUGGAGAGGCUGGAUUAUGGAAUGCCUUUCAACGGUGAGAAUCUCGGUUCUGGUAAACGGAAGCCCGACAAAGGAAUUUGAGGUGGGUAAAGGAUUGAGACAAGGUGAUCCUCUAUCUCCUUUUCUCUUCUUGAUGAUUGCAGAGGGGUUACAAGGUCUGGUACAGAGAGCAAUAAAGGAGGGAAUGUUGCAUGGGAUUGAGAUUGGAAAGAAUGGUCUGUCCGUGUCAUUGCUCCAGUUUGCUGAUGAUACAGUUAUUAUGGGUAGAGUGAAUGUUGAGAAUAUACGUACGGUGAAGGACAUUCUAAAAUGGUUUGAGCUUAUGUCGGGAUUGAGGAUUAAUUUCAGCAAGAGCAGUAUUUUUGGUUAUAAUGUGACGGAGAAAUGGCUAAAAGGAUCAGCGGGAAAAUGGUGGUAUAGGUUAGGUGACGGGGUCGAGAGCUUAUGGAAAAGGGUGGUGAGGGAGAAAUAUUAUGGUGGUAGGAGGGAGGUCGAUAUUACUUCAGUUGAGUGUUUCAAGGUGUCAAAGAUUUGGAGGGACAUUAUUAGGAUAGGGGGUCUGUCUCUCAACCUUAGGAAUAUGUUGGUUGAGGGUUUCAAGUGGGAAGUGGGUGAUGGAAAUAGAGUGGUUUUUUGGUGUGAUAGGUGGAUUGGUGUUAAAAGUCUUAGGGAUUUAUUUCCAAGGUUAUUUGCACUAUCUGUAAAGAAGAAAGGAAAGGUUUCUGAGAUGGGGUCUUGGGAAGAGGGUAGAUGGCAUUGGCGGGUGGAGUGGAGGAGGGGUACAUUAGGGCGAGAGAAAGAUGAGGAGGAGCUGUUGGAGAAGUUGCUGGAGAAUGUCAAAUUAAAGGAGGGGGCAGGGGAUGUUUGGAAGUGGGUUCAUGUGUUGGAUGGCAAAUAUGGGGUGUUGAGGUGGUGGGGGUUGGAGUUUGUUUUGCCUAACACAGUAAGGGGAGUGGCAGAGUUUUUCAUUGGUAGUUUGGGAAGCAUUGUUGGAAAGGAGAUGGGCUCAUGUAUUUUCCUAGUGGUUGCCUGGUACUUAUGGUAUAGACGGAAUGUUCAAGUGUUUCGGAAAGAUGAAGGAUUACCAGAAAAUCUGCUGGAAAGGAUGCAAGUUAAAACAUUUAUAUGGAUUAAAUCCAAAGUCAACGGCUGUGUUUUUUCUUUUUGCGAUUGGCAAUCUCGCCCAAUGGAGUGUGCUAUGGCUGUCAAAAAUCAUAAAAGGCUGAGGAAGCAGUUCUUUAAAGCUCGUGUGCCCUCUGGUUGAUGGAUAGGCGGGGAUGUUUUGUCUCCAAAUGUGGUGUUUUUGGGCACCUGACGCUUUUUGUUUGUGAUUUUAUUAGCUUUGUCAAUCUCUGGUUUUUAGGAGAUUAGCUAUCCUCUGUUUGUGAGUUGUGGUGUUCAAGCUGCCAAAGUAGCAGCAAAUGGAAAGACGUGAGAGCUGCAAUAUGAUGAUUACAGAGUAGCAGCAAAGUGACAGCACAAUGGAGCUUCACAUAUGCUACAAGAAAUGGCAGUAAAUCUUUGAAUGUAAUCUUUUGUUUUAAAUGCUUAAUAUUUUCUUGUAUUGGGUAAAAUGUUAGGUGAGAAAAAAAUUGUUUUUUAUUGUAUUGUUUCUGCUAUAAAUGUAGUAAAAUAUCAAUGAUAUC